AUGGCAGGGGAACUGUUGAUCGGAUGUUUGGUUCUUCACGUUUUCGCUCUCGGUGCUCAGUGUGACUUUCCCUUCCGGAACAUUUCCUUGUCAUGGGAUGAGCGGGUGAACGACCUUGUAGGCAGGCUCACCCUGGAUGAGAUUGUCCCACAGAUGGCUAAAACUCGACCGGCUCCAGCUAUAGAUCGCUUAGGGAUUAAAGCGCACGAUUGGGACACGGAAUGUUUGCGGGGUGAUGUCGACGCGGGAGACGCUACGUCAUUUCCACAGGCGCUAGGUUUGGCAGCAACUUUCAGUCCCAGCAUUAUUUUCCGUGUUGCGGAAGCAACAUCCGUAGAAGUGCGAGCCAAGUACAACAACUACACUAAGUACGACGUACACGGUUAUCACAAGGGCAUCAGCUGUUUUAGUCCCGUUAUCAACAUCAUGAGACAUCCUUUAUGGGGAAGAAAUCAGGAAACCUAUGGUGAGGAUCCGUUCAUGAAUGGUCUGUACGCUCAGCAUUUCGUGGCCGGCUUACAGGGAGAUCACCCACGUUACGUCAGAGCCAAUGCCGGAUGUAAACACUUUGACGUUCACGGUGGUCCAGAGAGCUAUCCCGUCACUAGAUUUUCAUUUGACGCCAAGGUGUCUACCCGAGAUUGGCGAUUGACGUUUCUCCCGGCUUUUCGAAUGUGUGUUGAGGCAGGAACUUACAGCUUGAUGUGCAGUUAUAAUAGGAUUAACGGAGUUCCAGCGUGCGCGAACAAGAAGUUACUUACGGAUGUGCUGCGCGGUGAAUGGGGGUUCACGGGUUACGUGAUCAGUGAUGAAGGCGCGAUAGAGAACAUCGUCAAUGCUCAUCAUUACCUAAACACCAGUGUCCAAACAGUGGCCGCAUGUGUCAAUGCCGGAUGUAGUUUAGAACUGGCUCCUGCGAAAAUUGAAGACAGUGAUUUUUUCUCUCAUAUGGCCCAGGCUGUUCAAGAAGGAAUGCUUACCAUGAACACUGUCAAAGAGAUGGUGAAGCCUCUGUUCUACACCAGACUGAGGCAGGGAGAGUUUGACCCACCGGAAAUGAACCCCUAUAACAGGAUUGAUCUGACGGUCAUCGAGAGUGAACCUCAUAUCGCCCUCUCCAGAGAGGCAGCCGUCAAGUCCUUCGUUCUUCUGAAGAACAACAACUUUUUACCGAUAAACACUCCGAGCCAAUAUGAAAAGGUUUCGGUUGUCGGCCCAAUGUCGAACAAUGCCAGUCAGUUGUUUGGGGACUACCCUCCAAACAGUCCUCAUGACUAUAUCGUAACCCCAUACGUGGGUCUUAAAUCCAUCUGGCCUACCCUCAGCAUGACCAAUGGCUGCUCGGUCACAGAGUGUACGGAUUACAACAGCGGUGAUGUGGAAAAGGCGGUCUAUGGAUCCAAUAUUGUGUUUGUCUGUCUUGGCACAGGUCAGUCUAUUGAGCGUGAGGGACAUGACAGGAUGAACGUGAAUCUCCCAGGAUCUCAACUUCAGCUUUUACAAGAUGUUGUUAAGUAUGCUAAUGGCGUCCCAGUGGUUCUGCUCAUGUUUAACGCCGGACCUCUUGACAUCACAUGGGCGGACCAGAACGAGGCCGUCAGCUCCAUCAUCGCUUGCUUCUUCCCGGCUCAGGAGACCGGAAAUGCUCUACAUCAGGUUCUUCUGGGAGAGGAAAGCCCUGCUGGCAGACUUCCGUACACAUGGUACCGUUCCGCCAGUCAGACCCCUGAAAUCACGAAUUACACGAUGUCCGAGCGUACCUACCGUUACUUUACCGGAGACCCCCUAUACCCGUUCGGCUAUGGUCUAUCCUAUACCAACUUCACCUACACGGAUAUCACUAUUGGCAGUUCAUCAAUACAGGCUGGUGAGCCUCAAACCGUGUCCGUUACUCUCCACAACUCUGGACCUACCAUUUCUGAUGAGGUAGUCCAGGUGUACAUAUCAUGGGUAAGCCCGAGUACCACGAUGCCACAGUUACAACUGGUCGGCUACGAUCGCCUGCGGCAGUUUAGCCCCCUCGUGACGUCACUGACAGUCAAGUUUGUGAUUGAUCCCCGCCAGAUGGCGCAAUGGGAUGACUCGACAGAACAGUUUUUCAUUGAACCAGGAGAGAUUCGUGUGUACGCCGGAGGUCAGCAGCCGAACCAGAAGAGAACCGUCAACUCCAAUGUCCUAGAGAGUAGCUUCCAGAUCACCGGGCAGAAAUUUCUGGGCAGAUUCUAG